AUGUAUAGCAUGAUGGAACACGAGCUGAAGCCUGCUGGGCAACAACAGCAGCAGCAGCACCAAACGACCCAGGGCAUGUCCCCGGUCACUGGAAACAUUGGCAACUCUCACCUGGGGUCCAAAUCCGUGUGCCCUCCGGGCGGGGACCCAAUGGACAAGGUCAAAAGGCCCAUGAAUGCCUUCAUGGUGUGGUCCAGGGGGCAGCGCCGCAAGAUGGCCCAGGAGAACCCCAAGAUGCACAACUCUGAGAUCAGCAAGCGGUUGGGCGCGGAGUGGAAGCUGCUGACAGACGCCGAGAAGCGACCCUUCAUCGACGAAGCCAAGCGCCUCAGGGCAGUGCACAUGAAGGAUUAUCCCGACUACAAGUACAAGCCACGGCGCAAGACCAAGCCCCUGCUCAAGAAGGACAACCAGAUGGCGAAGUACCCUCUCUCCGCCGGGAAUCUGCUGGCCGCAGCGGCCGCGCAGGGCCAAGGUGGGAGCGCCAGAAUGGAGAGCUACGGAUGGGGCCCAGCGGGAGGUUACGCUGGGAUGCAGAACGAGGCCCUCGGCUACACUCAGCAGCUGCACCGCUAUGACCUGUCCGCGCUCCAGUAUCCCCAGGCCAUGACUGCAGCACAGACGUAUAUGAAUGGAGCCAACACCUACAGCCCCAUGUCCUACAGCAGCAGCUCCCAGCAGCCCAGCCCGGUCAUGUCCAUGGUGAAGCCAGAGCCAGUAUCACACUCCCCGACUGGUGGACCUAACCACCACCGCGGGCCUCUCCAAGGGGACCUGAGGGAUAUGAUCAGUAUGUACAUCCCCGGGGGGGACGCCAGUGACCCGGCCGCCCAGAGAGGAGGCUACAGCGUCCAGCAACACUAUCUCAGUGGGACCGUUCCCCUCAGUCAUAUCUAG